AUGGAAGAUGAAGUUAUAAUAAGUGGAGAUUAUGUUAAAAUAGAAAAAGAUAAACUUAAUAAAAUUAAUGAAAAUAAUUUUGAGAAAAUUCAUAAUAGUGAACAUGAAAAUUUCUAUAGGAGUAAAUGUUCAGGUAUUUUAUUAAAAACACCAUAUUAUCCUUAUAAAUAUGAGAUUAUGAACACUAGCUAUAAAUAUAUACCGAAAGUGGGUGAUUUAGUAAUAGGAAUAGUAAAAUCAAAAAAAUUAGAUUAUUAUCAAAUGGAUAUCAAUUGUAACUGUGAUUGUAUUAUACAUAAAAUUGAAGGAUUUAAAUACGCAACAAAAAGUAGUUUUCCUAAUUUAGUAAAUGGGACAUUAUUAUACAUGAUAGUUGAAAAAAUUAAUUUGGAUAAUAAUAGUGUAGUAGCUAGUUGCAUAAAUUCAUCGGAUGUAAAAUCAUGGAUAAAUUACGAAAAUUAUUUAGGUGAGUUAAUAGAUGGAUUUUUAUUUUCUGUUAACAUUUCAUUUUCAAAAAGUUUAAUUGGAGACAGAUGUUAUAUUUUAGAUCUAAUUGGUCAAGAUAUAAAUUAUGAAAUAGCUAUAGGACAUAAUGGAAGAGUAUGGAUAAAAUCAAAUGAACCACUAGAAACAAAUUUGAUUUAUAGUGCACUCAAACAUUCAUUUGGAAAAACUAAAGCUCAGAUGGAUGUACUUUGGAAAUCUAUUUAUAAUCUAAGUAAAAAAUCUACAUAG